GAAAUAUUUGAAAAGUUCUUCAAAGGUGCGAGUCCUUUACAGGUUGCAGAACGUGUAUUUGCAGUGUCCAUCAAAUUACCUGAACCAAAGCAGUCUGGAGUUAUCCUUCCAACUGCGUGUGGAAGAGCAUCAACGGAGGACUAUAAUGCCCACAAUGCAAAGCGACGGUGCAAGUGCCCUAUUCCAGUGCAUAGGCGGGCCGCUUGGCAUUGUGGGGCUGGGGUGUUUGCGCAUGGGCAGCUCAGGCUCACUCUCCUCCCGCCCCCGCCUCACCAGUCGCUUGUUGCUGAGCCCAGCAUCAGACCCACUCACCGGCCCUCAAGUCACGCCGCGGCUGAAUUAAGGAAAUUUCUUUGCGCAGAUGCCAUAUCUCGAGGAGCCCCUCUUGUGCACCAGGAAAACUAAUGGAGAUCCCUGAGGAAGUCCUGGCCAUGAUAUUUUCUUACUUGUCAGUGCGUGACAGGCACUCGGCCUCACGGGUCUGCAGAUGCUGGGCGGAUGCCGUUGCUUCUCCUCUUGUGUGGUACCACACAUCAGUGAGCUGUGCCCUGGGAGAGGAGGAUGAGUGGAGUGUGCAAGCAUGCAGCCAGUUCCAGCAGAACAUGAAGUACCUGAAGAUUUUGUGCGACCAGUCCGUGGAGGCAAAUCGCAAGAACGUGGCAGAGAUCCUGCACAAUGUGGCAGCGUCAGUAACUGGGCUCUUGGGCCUCACUAUUGUGUGCACCGGUGAAAAUCCCUACUUCUACUCUGGACAAGACUUGUUGCAAAGUGUCAAUAGUUUAUUCACAGCAAAUGCUUGUCCACAUCUCCGGCACGUGGACUUCAGAAAACUGACGUUCACUUUGGACGAUGGCAUCAUUCACCUUGUCACCAGCAAAAGUCCGUGUUUGGAGAGUCUGUUCAUCAAUAAUAAGACGUUGGUGUGUAAAGUGACCUCAGAAGUAGUUAAAGAGGCUCUGAGAAAUUGUCCAAAGCUAUCUACCCUGGGAUUGUUUUACACAACUUUGACAGAAAAUGUGCUUGCUGAGUUGCUUCAUGUUGAACGUCCACCAGUGAAACUCCUUCAGCUACACUGUGAGCGUAUGGACAAAUAUAAGCCAACCAUCCCAGCUGAAACGUGGGAGGCUGUGGCAAGGAGACAUCCAGCCCUCUCUGUUGACAUUGAAUUGGAUCACACAGUCCCUGCUAAGAAAAUAUCCCAAAUCCUGCAAUCUGCUAUCCCAGUAUCCAGUGUAGAGUUAAAUACCUUCACUUUUAUGGUGGAGCAAGUCAACUUUAUCUCCCAGAAUUACCAAGGCACCUUGAAAAGGUUGGUUCUCCAGACAACCUCCUCAGACGAACUGAACCGGGCAUUGAGGAGACUGGCAUCUUGCUGCCGAUCUUUGGAGGAGAUACACUGCUACUGUGUGGUGUCUGCAGACACUGUGCGCACGUUUCUACUUUGCUGCCCCAUACUCCGCAGAUAUACACUGAAAACAACCAAAGAACCUCACCCCUGGCUGCCAGAAAUCCUACAAUAAUUUUGGGAGGAAAUGUGGAUUGAUCCUAGCUGGCUUCUAACAUAUUGGGGCAGCACGAUAGCGCAGCGGCAGAGUUACUGCCUUACAGUACCACAGACCCGUGUUUGAUCCUGACUACGGGUGCUGUCUACCCGGAGUUUGUAUGUUUACCCCGUGACAUGCGUGAAUUUUCUCUGGGAUAUCUGGUUUCCUCCCACACUCCAAAGACGUACAGGUUUGUAGGUUAAUUGGCUUGGUAUAAUUGUAAAUUGUCCCUAGCAUGUCUAGGAUAAUGUUAGUAGAAACAUAGAAAAUAGGUGCAGGAGUAGGCCAUUCGGCCCUUCGAGCCUGCACCGCCAUUCGAUAUGAUCAUGGCUGCUCAUCCAACUCAGUAUCCCAUCCCUGCCUUUUCUCCAUACCCCCUGAUCCCUUUAGCCACAAGGGCCACAUCUAACUCCUUCUUAAAUAUAGCCAAUGAACUGGCCUCAACUACCUUCUGUGGCAGAGAAUUCCACAGAUUCACCACUCUCUGUGUAAAAAAAAAUAUUUUCUCAUCUCGGUCCUAAAAGACUUCUUUCUUAUCCUUAAACUGUGACCCCUAGUUCUGGACUUCCCCAAAUUCGGGAAUAAUCUUCCUGCAUCUAGCCUGUCCAAUCCCUUAAGAAUUUUGUAAGUUUCUAUAAGAUCCCCCCUCAAUCUUCUAAAUUCUAGCGUGUACAAGCCAAGUCUAUCCAGUCUUUCUUCAUAUGAAAGUCCUGCCAUCCCAGGAAUCAAUCUGGUGAACCUUCUCUGUACUCCCUCUAUGGCAAGAAUGUCUUUCCUCAGAUUAGGAGACCAAAACUGUAUGCAAUACUCCAGGUGCGGUCUCACCAAGACCCUGUACAACUGCAGUAGAACCUCCCUGCUCUUAUACUCAAAUCAUUUUGCUAUGAAUGCUAACAUACCAUUUGCUUUCUUCACUGCCUGCUGCACCUGCAUUCCUACUUUCAAUGACUGGUGUACCAUGACACCCAGGUCUCGUUGCAUUUCCCCUUUUCCUAAUCGGCCACCAUUCAGAUAAUAGUCUACUUAGUGUAGGGGGAUUGCUGGUCGGCGCCGACUCAGUGUACCGAAGGGCCUGUUUCCGCACUGUAUGUCUAGACUAAACUAAAUAUAGGAAAAUAACACAGCAAAUGCUCUUCAGCAAAUGUGUGCACAGAAACGGGUCGGCUGAGGUUCCUCCAAAGAGAAACAUGUGUUACAAAAGUUGAAAACAUCUUAACCCAAGACAAGGAUAUUGAAAAGACCACUCUUUACCGGCACAACUGCAGAUAUUAAAGUUAUUAUGAGUUACCUGGAGGUGAAUAGUUAGACAAUUCUGUCCCAAAACUCUACUCAUUGUCCCCACAGUCUCCCCAGCCCUUUGCCGAACACUUUAUAUUUUAUAGUGUCUCUAAUGUCUGAUUAUUCUGGUCAGUCAGUGUUUAAUGCCUCAAGACCUUCUAGAUAUAUUGGAACUGUGAAUUUGUAAUGCAAUUUUAU